UGUUAUGUAUUAAAAAACUUUUAACCAAAUUCAAUUUCAAGCUAAAAAUAUGAUUGCCCAUGAUUAUCUAGAAUAUUCUUAAAUUACACCCAAAACUUUAAGAUAUAAGUAAACUAGAUUUGAGAUAACAGUAAGUUGGUGAAGGCUGUGGUGUAAUGUGUGUGUGUUUAUGCUACUUAUCUUGACACAGUGAAGGUACCUGUCUAGGAGAACAUGGAUGCGAGUGUACGCUCAAUGGUCCGAGUGCCACGCACUAACCCCCAAAGCAAAGCAAGUCUAUUUUCAAGAUUAUUUUUAUUGUGGAUUAUUGACAUUAUUCGCCAGGGGAACAAAGAUGAUUUUGAACAGGAUGAUAUUCCAGAAGCUAUGCCCAAUUAUAAAUCUGAAAUUCUCUCCGCUGGUCUCCAAAGGCAGUGGGAGAUUGAAAAAGAAAGAGCUAGAAGGAAUAGAGAAAUUCCAAGUUUUAUAAGAGCAAUCAUAGCAGAAUUUGGUAUCGGAUUUCUUGCAAUGAGUAUUUUACAAAUUCUCAAAGAUAUAAUUUUUGUAGUGUUGAACCCCUAUUUGCUGGGACGUCUGUUAGAAUACUUCACACCAACUAGUACAAUGUCCUACUCUGAAGCAUUGCUGAUAGGACUGAUCCUCUGUAUUACCAAUUGUCUUGUUGGUCUCCUCUAUGUCCACUUUAUGAAUCUUGCUGUACUCUUCGCAGUUCGGGUCCGUGCAUCUUGUAUAGCUGUGGUGUAUCAUAAGUGUUUACGGCUCAGUCAGUCUGCACUCGGAAGCACCUCAUCUGGUCAGAUCAUCAACCUUGUGUCCAAUGAUGUUGCCCGAUUUGAAUUUGUGUCAUUCAUGCUAAUGCCAAUGAUCAGUGCACCUUUUAUGUCAAUUAUUCUGACAUACUUCAUUUAUAAAGUUGGAGGACUAGCCAGCUUAGUCGGUGUUGGAGUACUUCUUAUUAUCUUGAUAAUUCAAUUUAUCAAUGCCAAUAUGACUGCAAAUUAUCGGAUCCAAGUUGCCAGACAGACAGAUGAACGAGUCAGAUUGAUGGAUGAAAUCGUGCUUGGCAUUCAAGUGAUCAAGUUGUAUGCGUGGGAGAAACCUUUUCAGAUCUUCAUUGACUACACAAGGAAGUUGGAGUUGAAUAUUCUUCGUAAAGUAUCUUAUCUAAGGGCAGCCUUCAUGUUCUUCGUAGUAUUCUCUUCCAGACUGACGAUAUUCUGUGUUCUCCUCACAUUUGUUCUGUGUGGUUUACAACUGGAGGCUGUAUCUAUAUUUGUACUGAUGGUAUACUUUUCUCAGUUGGCUGGUUCUAUUACAGCUCUUGUAACAAGAGGAUUUGCAGAGAUAGCUGAAUGUAUGGUUUCUAUUAGAAGAAUCCAGGCAUUCUUGUUACAAGAGGAUUAUGUUCCAUUGAGUAACAGUGACAAAGAAAUGAAGACAAGUGGUGUGGAAGUGGAGGGGGAGCAGGCAGUGCUGCUGACAGGUGUCAGUGCCAAGUGGACAUCUGCAGGUAGUAUGACAUUGACAGAUCUCAAUGUUGAUAUCCGAGCUGGUCAGCUUGUGGCUGUCAUUGGUACAGUUGGUAGCGGCAAGAGUUCUCUGUUGAAUCUGUUUCUUGGAGAGCUGACAAAAACCGAAGGGAAGAUGAAUAUAAACAGAACUAUUUCUUAUGCAGCACAGGAGCCUUGGAUAUUUAGUAGUUCUGUGCGUCAGAAUAUACUCUUCAGGGAGGAUUACAAUUCUACUAGGUACAAAGCUGUUUGUAAAGUUUGUGAACUGGAAAAGGAUUUUGAGUUGAUGCCUCGAGGAGACAAGACUCUGGUAGGAGAGAAAGGAGCUGCACUUUCCGGGGGUCAGAAGGCAAGAAUCAACUUGGCCAGGGCUAUAUACAAAAAAGCAGACAUAUAUCUUUUGGAUGAUCCUCUAUCUGCUGUUGACUCUCAUGUGGGGAAACUCAUUUUCUACAAUUGUAUAGAAGAGUUUCUUGGGGACAAAACCAGAAUUCUAGUUACCCACCAAGUGCAGCACCUUUCUAAAGUGAAUCAUUUAAUUCUAAUGGAGAAUGGCAGAAUUUUGAUGCAAGGAACAUUCAAGGAGCUAAGACGUAGCCAUUACAACUUUGCAUCAGUUUUGGCAACUCCAGAAUAUGAGAAAAGUCAGUUUAAAUUUUUGAGUACAGAACCUAUCCUUCAACGCAACACUCAGCGCAAAUCUACUAGGAGUGAGAAGUCUUUGAGCAUGGCGGGUGAUGAGUUGAUAGAAUUUGAGGAAUUUGAGAAUGAACGGGAAGCAGAGCAGAUGUCAAAAAAGCCGUCUCUGGAAGUGUAUCGAGAGUACCUGGGUGCGGGAGUGAGUUCACUCUACUGUUUUGCAGUGGUUGCACUGUUUGUUGUCACACAGAUCCUCAUCAGCAGCUAUGACUACUGGAUAGCUUACUGGCUACACCAGGAGCAGGAUCGUCUUUACCAGCAUUCAAACACAUCUCUCUGGCCUACCACCACCUAUCUGGCCGUCUUAGCAGUCCUUCUCGCAGGGAUUUUUGUCAUCGCUAAUGUGAGAGGUGUAGCCUACUACACUGCCUGCAUUCGCUGUUCCCGAGGCAUCCACAGUCAGAUGUUCCAAGCUGUUAUUGGCACAUCCCUGAGCUUCUUCCACAACAACUCUUCUGGAAGAAUUUUGAAUCGUUUCUCCCGAGAUCUUGCAGUGACCGAUGAACUGCUUGCCAAGGCUGUAAUGGACAUGGGACAAGCAUUUGGACAAGUAAUUGGUGGUCUGGCCAUUGCUGUAGCCAUAAACUACUGGCUGACACUGCCCAUUAUAGUGCUCAGUGGUAUACUACUGGCUGCUCGUCACUUCUGUCUCAAGGCAUCCACCAAUCUCAAGAGGAUUGAAGCGAUUGCUCGGAGUCCUGUGUAUGCUCACAUCAAUGCCUCACUGCAGGGUCUUGUUACCAUCAGAGCACACUCAGCUGAGAAACUGCUGGAACAAGAGCAGUAUCGCUAUCUGGAUUCACAUACAAGUGUGACCCAUAUCUUCUACUACGUAAUGGCGUUUCUAUCAUUGGCUCAAGAAAUCAUCAUAAAUAUCUACGUGGCAAUUUGUGUUUUCUCCUUUAUUCUUUUCAAAACAGAUUCGUGGGGUACUGAUGCCGGCCUGAUUAUAACCCAAUCUCUUACUAUCAUGAACUUCCUACAGUGGGGGAUGAAGAUGUCAGCUGAGGUUGCUAAUCAGAUGACUUGUAUAGAACGCUCCGUGGAGUACAUGCAUUUGGAGUCAGAAGAAACUGACGGAGAUGAAACAUUAACUCCUGAUCCCAGCUGGCCUCAAUUUGGAAUGAUCGAGAUGAAAAAAGUAUUCAUGAGAUAUGAUAUCAGUGAACCAUAUGUCUUGCGCAAUCUUAACUUUUUGGUUCUACCACAGGAAAAGGUGGGUAUUGUUGGUCGUACUGGUGCCGGAAAGUCAUCUCUGAUCGCCGCUCUGUUCCGCCUGGCACCACUUGAAGGCUCUGUGAUCAUUGAUGCUGUGGACACCAAUACAAUUUCCUUGGAGGCUCUACGCUCCCACAUCUCAAUUAUCCCACAGGAUCCUGUAUUAUUCUCUGGAACACUCCGCACUAACUUAGAUCCCUUCCACAGAUAUUCAGAUCCAGAGCUGUACACCGUCCUGCAUGAGAUAAAAUUGAAUGAAAACAUAAAAAGGUCAGAAAUGCUACACUUGGACACUCAGGUGACAGAGGGGGGAGGAAAUUUCAGUGUAGGUCAGAGGCAGUUGGUGUGCCUAGCACGAGCCAUUCUGCGUGACAAUAAAAUUCUGGUUCUGGACGAAGCUACCGCCAAUGUUGAUCCUCAAACUGAUGCACUGAUCCAAAGCACGAUUCGCCACAGAUUUGCUCAUUGUACUGUGCUAACUGUAGCUCACAGACUGAACACUAUCAUCGACUCCAACAGAGUCCUUGUCAUGGAUGCCGGCUCUGUUGUUGAAUUUGACCACCCCCAUGAGCUGCUGAGCCAUCAAGAUGGUCUGUUCUUUAAACUGGUGCAGCAGACAGGGCCAACCAAGGCCAAGGAGCUGGCUCACAUUGCUCAGGAGAAUUUCAAGAACAAGAAUAGUUUUAAAGAAUAGUCUGAGUGAUGGAGAACAAGAUUUUAUAAUCAUGGGGAUCCUGUUCGAAAGUGAAGUGAUGGACAUUGCUUGUAUAUCAAUAUUUACUUUCUGGCUCAUGUUCGUAUACUUUGUGAAGAACUAUGACUAUUGGCGAAUCAGAGGUGUACCAUAUGUGCCGGCA